AUGGCCUACUACGACGAACAUGGGGGUGAUGGCCCUGGGAGGUUUACAAAGAAUUUCGAUGGCCCCGCUGGACCUCGUCGGCCAAGAUUGGUAACAGAUUAUGGCUCCUCGAUGGUACAGUGGAUGCGCACGCGACGACCGCGAUACCGCGGCGAGCAUCGCAUGGAGAUGGAGCGCCCCAGUGCGAGUUUCACAGUCGAUAUGCUUCCACCCAUGGCGCGCACUUAUUCCCCGGCCGACACGAUACCCGUCCGACAUUUGCACCAGUCUAUUGGAAAAUCCAAGAAGCCUAUCGUCGUGGUACGAUGGACGCCUGAAGGGAGACGGUUGUUGACGGGUGGACACACCGGAGAAUUUAUGCUUUGGAACGGGACGGCCUUUAAUUUCGAGACGGUCAUGGAUGCGCACUACGAUCAAGUCCAGGCAGGUGUCACAUCUCUCGCCUGGUCUCAUAGCCACGAGUGGUUGAUUUCAGGCGGACAAAGAGGUGACAUCAAAUACUGGCGACCGAACUUCAACAACGUCGAAACAAUCGACGAUGCACACCACGAUGCAGUCCGGGACUUGGCCUGGGCUCCCAGCGAUACCAAAUUCCUCUCUGCCUCCGACGACACAACCCUCAAGAUCUUCGAUUUCACAUCUCGAACCUGUGACACCGUUCUCUCCGGCCACAACUGGGACGUCAAGUCCUGCGAUUGGCAUCCAACAAAGGGACUACUGGUCUCGGGCUCAAAGGAUCACCAGGUGAAAUUCUGGGAUCCACGCACGGCGAGGUGUCUGACUACACUCCACAGCCACAAGAACACGGUCACUUCGACGCGAUUCUCCCGCGUGAAUAAUAACCUGCUUGCCACUUCGUCGCGGGACCAGACCGCGCGGGUAUUCGAUUUGCGCAUGAUGCGGGAUAUUUGCAUUCUACGUGGACACGAGAAGCCUGUCUCGUCUCUGACGUGGCAUCCCAUCCACAGCAACCUGAUCUCUACCGGAGCCGAGGACGGCUCUUUAUACCACUAUUUGCUCGACGAGCCAAACCUGCCGGCUGGUCAUGUUCCUACCGUGGCUCCAUACGACAGCCCCGACCCGGCCAAUACGCCCCCGCAGGUAAUCUUCCCAGCCCAUCGCGUGCAAUAUGCUCAUGGUGCUACAAUUUGGUCGUUGGACUGGCAUCCACUCGGCCAUAUUCUUGCCUCUGGAUCCAAGGAUAACUUCACUCGAUUCUGGUCUCGGGCUAGACCCGGCGAAACUAGCUAUAUGAAAGACCGAUUCCACAUCGGCGAAGAAGCAGCGGAAGCCCAGGGCACCUGGAGCCGUGGAUUCGGUCGUAGACAGAUGCGCGAGGAAGAGGAGCAAGAAAUGCAGGACGAGGCCGAGAGUCUGGUUGACCAGCGACGUCCUGGCCCGCCUACACUACCCGGCAUCCAAGCCGGUGGUACCCCCCAGCCCGAUGGCCCAGGGUUCCUUCCUGGUAUCGGUGGUGCACAACCGCCUCCUCCACCCGGACUCCCUGGCAUGGGUGGGAUGAACCCUGACCGGUUGGCCGCCAUCAUGUCCUCUCAACCUCCCCCUCCACCUCAAUCACUUCCCCCACCAAAUCAGCCCAUCCCCGGAUUCCCCAUGCUUCCCGGCAUGGGUGCUGCGCCACCUAUGAAUAUGGAUCUGGCACAGUUGCAGAAACAACUCGCCUCUCAGGGAUAUCCCAUGCCCCCGAACAUGCCCAUGCCGCCUGGCUUUGGCGGGUUACCUGGUCUGCAGGGUGGUGGAAUGCCCGAUGGUGGUCGGCGAUGA